CAGCUGUAGGUACUCGGGGCAUCAGGUAAGUCGGGACGUUUUAUCAACGUUGAAUAAUGUCCACGAGUAAAGAAAAUAGCCCGAGUAUCUACGAACCGUAAUUAUCCGAGUUCGAAACAAGGGGAAAACUCGGGAGAGUUCGUGAGUAACUCGGGAAAGUGGGACAGGGCCUUAAUCUAUCGCCGUGCAGCCCAUUUCGGAUCAAAACUUUGCAUUAGGAAUAGGAUUGAAGUUGGUCCUGACCCAAAGUGCCAAUUAUUCCCAGAUGCUGCUUGACUGAUUGAAAUCCUCCAGCAGAUUAUGCUUGAGUUUUGGUUAUUCUCGGGUGUAUCAAGGUACAGUGAAAAGCUUUUGUUGCGUACUAACUAACCAGUCAGCGAAAAGACAACACACGAUUACAAUCCAGCCAGCCACAGUGUACAGAUACAUGAUAAAGGGAAUAACGUGAAUAAUAACGUUUAGUGCAACAUUAAGUCCAGUAAAGUCCGAUCAAAGAUGGUCCAAGUGUCUUCAAUGAGGUGGAUAGUAGCUCAGGACUGUUCUCUAGUUGUUGGAAGGGUGGUUCGGUUCAAUUAAGCUACUUUGAGAUUCCCUGAAACCUACUUUGAGAAUCCCUUUGUGAAGUCUUCAUUCCCACCAGCAGGCGGCAAUUCAGGCUCCCCCUUGUAUGUGCGCCAGUGCUCGGGUCGAGAAUAACAAGGAUUUGGGACGACUGCUUUGCAGCAACGUUAGGUUUGGGAGGCAGAGCAUCGAUGUGGUAACUGGGGGGCAUUUUCCUUUUUACCGUUAUCUAGCAAGCGUCGGAAAUUUUUGCAAGCAAAUGCAAAGAGCAUCAAGUGGGUGGUUUUAGAGAAAGGGUGGGUUGUGUUGAGACGUUUGUUAAUCUGCUGACGCUGCUGAGAAAGUAGAGGAGAUGUUUCUCUCUCUUGCUGUUUUAUUUCUGCUCCGGGGUUUUGCUUUCGUGUCUGCGGUCUCUGGAGGGCAGCCUGGCCCGGGGAUGGAGACCAGGGAAGAGAUGGUCGAUUUACAACUGGGGAAUAAGGAGACCGGCGUUCAGCUGCUACCUGAAGCCGAAAUGCAUGCGACAGGUGCACCGAGCCCAGGCUGGGAUUCAGGAAACUCGAGAUCUGGGCAAAAGUUGGGAAAUGUGACUGUCUAUCCCCUAAGCGCCGAGUUUAGGGGACGGCGCGGGGCUGGCGGCAAUGGCCAAGUUAUCACGGAGGAGGCGACUGCCGUUUCUCUGCGCAACAACUCAACAGAGCCCCGCCACCUCUCGCCCACUCACCUCCAAAUAACUUCCAGGGUCCCUCUUUCUCCGUUCGAAGACGACGGGGCGCAGUUGCAAGGAGAAGGGACGCGAGGUGUUGCAGACGAACAGAGUCUGGGAAUGGAGACGACGGCGAGGAGGCUGCAAUUGGAGAACGGCUCCUACUCGCUCCCUGACACCACCUACAGUGCUUACGCCGUGGUCCUUCUCUCCUUGGUACUCUUCACCGUCGGCAUCAUCGGCAACCUGGCCGUGAUGUGCAUUGUUUGCCACAACUACUACAUGAAAAGCGCCUGGAACAAUAUCCUGGCUGGCAUGGCAUGUUGGGACUUCUUGGUCAUCUUCUUCUGCCUGCCUGUGGUGGUCUUCAACGAGAUCACCAAGAAGCGGCUUCUAGGAGACAUCGGCUGCAAGGUCGUGCCUUAUUUGGAGGUCUCUUCUCUUGGGGUCACCACCUUUAGUCUGUGUGCACUAAGCAUUGACAGGUUUCGGUCUGCAACAACUAUACAAUCACAGCUCAGGCUGAUAGAAAGUUGUCUAUCUAUUGUGGCUAAGAUGGCAGUCAUCUGGAUAGGAUCCAUGUUAUUAGGCCUCCCUGAGGUCCUCCUCUGGCAACUGAACCAAAAGACUUCCAUUAUCUCUGGAGUUAUCACCGACUAUUGCAUGAUUCAGACAUCUUCGAAUCUCCCCGAGCAUAUCUAUGGACUCGCACUAACCUACGAGAAUUCCAGGAUGUGGUGGUAUUUCGGAUGCUACUUUUGCUUGCCGAUCAUUUUCUCUGUAACCUGCCAGUUAGUGACAAGAAGGGUGAAAAGCACUGAAAAGAAAUCUGACCUCAAAACUACAUCUAAGCUGGGCCAUUAUGAAAGUCAAAGGAACUUUACCCUGAUUGGCCUAACCAUCCUCUACGGCUGCUGUAUCAUUCCAGAAAACAUCGCCAACAUUGUGGUAGCUUAUACAUCUCCUGAAAUCUCCAAGGAGACCAUUGAUUUACUCAACAUCAUCAAUCAGUUCUUUCUGUUCUUUAAGUCGUCUGUAACCCCGGUGUUGGUUCUCUGCCUCUGUAAGCCUCUGGGCCGUGCCUUCAUGGAUUGCUGCUGCUGCUGCUGUGAUGAAUGUGCCCCAGAAUCCACGGCAUGUGACGUUCACGAUAGCAAGUUGAAGAUGGAAAUGGCAUCCAUUUUCUGCGAUAAUCCGAAGGAAACAACAACAAUGAUGACUCUUGGUACCCAAUGUUAAUGCAACGAUCCUUCAAAAUUGGAACGAUUCUUUAAGGCUGAACAGUAAUAUCCAUCAUCAGUAGACAGUUAAUUAUUUUACUUAUCUGUGCACAGCAGUAGGUAUUUUUAACUGCCUCUUGAACUAGUGCAUUAUCAGAAAUUUAGUUAGCUCUGGUAAGUUCUUGCUAUGACAGCAAACCAAGACUGUACAUUAAUAACCAUUUUGUUGUGUUUCAGCUUCAGAUUAUUAAAUCUUUUACUAAAACAUGAUGUUGGGAAGUAUUAAAAUGACAUGUUAUGGCAAAAAAUAAGUAAUGUACCCAAGUGUUCCAAUAGUUUACAAUAAAGUAUGUCUAACAUUCUAACAAUCUUUAAAUUUAAAUUUAAGAGUAUCUAUGGUAAGACACAUUUAAUCAUUACUUAUUAUUUUUAUAUUGGGGUCAGAAUUUACACAAGAACAUUUUCCAUUAUGGUCAAAAGUAACAUGUCCAUUCUGUAUGAAGUAACUUUUAUUAUUAUGUUAGGUUUUAGGUCUGUUUUUAUAUAUUUUUUGUUUUGUCCCACAGUAUACAGACAAUAUUGCUCAUAGGAACUUAUCUAAAUUUUAUAAACUUAGAUAUUUUUUGCAUUCACAGUAUAUGUUGAAAAGGUAGUGGCUUCCGUAUCAUUGUAGGAUAGGGAUAUAUUUUGUUAGCACUGCUGUGUUAGCCUAGUAAUGCGUUAAAUAAAAAUAUGACCAGAUCUACUUGGUUUUCAAUACAUGGAACUUUGCUUUUGUUUUAUUUUGCAAAUUUUCAGAUAUUUAAUUUUCUUUAUAUCCACACCCUUUAACUUGCUAUUGGUAUGUGCAUCAAAAAUAUACCUUGAUUGAUAUUAAAGAGCAUAAUUUAACUGCAAGCUGUCAGUUUUAUGCUGGGAAACAGUAUUUACAAACAUAAAAUUAUCAGUAUAUGGUAACCCUAGAUGACAAUCUUUAUUAUAAAAUGACAAUCCCUUUUCUUCCCUCCAGUUCCCUUCCCUAUACUUUCAGUCUGAAGAAGGGUCCAGAUGCGAGAUGUCACCAAUCCUUUUUCUCCAGAGAUGCUGCCUGACCUGCUGAGUUACUCCAGCACUUUUAUGUCUAUCCUAGACGAUAUUGUUUUGCAAUAAUCGUGCAAGAAAUUUAACUUCUACAAAGACAAAUUUGCACAUUUUGUUUAGUUUGAGGUUUGUUAUUGGCAUGCGUACCGAGGUACAGUGAAAAGAUUUGUUUUACAUCCUAUCCAAUCAGAUCAGAUAAUACUCUACAUAAAUAGGAUCAAAUCAAACUCAAGUACAAUAGAUAGAACAAAAGGGAAGAUACAGAAUGCAGAAUAGAGUUCUCAACGUUGUAGUGCAACAUGUUCUGUAGACAAAGUCCAAUAUCCGCAGUGGGGUGGAGGUGAAUUGGACAGUACCCCGGCUUAUGGAAGGACUGUUCAGAUGCCUGAUAAAUUCUGAACUGAGGGGAAGAAGCUGUUCCUGAGUCUGGCGGUGCCGGCUUACUAGCCCCAAUAACAUAUGUCAGAUGGGAGCAGAAAGAAAAAGGAAUGACCAGGGUGGGACAAGUCUUUGUUAAACAGCUUCAAAAUUUAACGUUAGAUUUAAGCAAGUGAAAAUGCAUUGACUAUUGCUGAUUAGAAGAGCACAUUUCUAUUCAACAUUUAUGCAAGUAAAUAUUACUUGCAGCAAAGCUAUUCUGAAUGGGUCUAAGAAUUUGGCUGCUUUGAGGAUGCAGUAAUUGUCAUUAAUUAAAAGCUGAGAACACAGACAAGAAUGUUUCUAGUCUACAUUAAUUUGGCCAGUCCUGGUCCUCGUGUUGGCUGAGGAACUUUAAUUGUUCGGUAAUCUUGGAUGAAAAACAGAAGAAUGUUGUAGCCCCUGUAUAGUGCGUGUUUACAUAUUAGAACAGAACUGGUUCAACUUAGGUCUGUACACAUAUAUGGAUAAGAUUCAGCUCUGGGUGCUGUCUGAAGCCAACAUCCAACUACAAAUAGAAGACAGACAUACAAUACUGGAGAAACACAGUGGGACAGGCAGCAUCACUGGAGAAAAGGAAUGGGCGAUGAUUCGGGUGUAGUAGGGUCUCGAACCGAAAUGUCACCCAUUCCUUCUCUCCAGAGAUGCUGCCUGUCCCGUGCCAUUAUUCCAGCAUUUUGUGUCUAUUUUUGGUGUAAACCAGCAUUUGCUGUUCCUUCCUUAGAUAGAUCCUUAGUUAGUUAGAUUUAGUUAGAUUUAGCUCUUAGGGCUAAAGGAAUCAAGGGAUAUGGGGGAAAAGCAGGAACGAGAUACUGAUUUUAUAUAAUCAGCCAUGAUCAUAUUGAAUGACGGUGCUGGCUCGAAGGGCCGAAUGGCCUACUCCUGCACCUAUUUUUCUAUGUUUCUGGCACAUCCAACUGCAAAUAUGAGAUUGGGAUAAAUUUCUGGUGGGAGUAACCUACUCAAUCAGCCGAGAAGUUAUUAAAAUAAGAAAAUGAGAUGCACAAUAUCUAAUUUUAAUAUAACGCAUUAUUAUAUAAUAAUGCUCUAGAAAAGUACAGCCCACAAUGUCUGUGCUGAACAUGAUGCCAAGAUAAACUAAUCUCCUCUGCCAACACAUGAUCCAUAUCCUUCUAUUCCCUGCAUAUUCUAUGCCUAUAUAAAAUCCUCUUAAAUCAACUAUUGUGUAUGCCUCCACCAUUUCCCCUGGCAGCACCUUACAGGCACCCACCACCCUCCGUGUUUAAAAAACCUUGCCCUGCAUAUCUCCUUUAAAGUUUACACGUUUCACCUUAAAGCUUUAGUAGAGAUUUCAAGUAUUUGGUUUGAAAGUUUCACAUAUACAUCCACGUAGACGUCAUUAUCAAGCUAAAUCAAGGAUAGGUUUUCUAACUAUGCUUUCCUUGAGCAAUGUUUAAUUAACCAUAAUAUUGCUCCUACAAUACUGUACCAAUAAGUCAGCAUUUCGAUGGUCACAUCGCAACAACUCUUGAAAGAAUCUGACUGAGUCAGGAGCAGUCAUGGGUACCUAACUUACAACAUGGGACUGCCAUGUUCUGCACAGUUGAAGCUUCAAUCAAACGUGCACUGACGGUUCAUUUACCAGGAAAGGUCUCCUUCUGGCAAAUGUCUUGCUGCCCUCCCUACUGUUUUGCUAUUUGGAUCUGUCUAUCAGUUGUUGCUUGUAAUGAUUUAUGAAAGGAAUGCUAAUAGGAAAUUUUGGGCAGCACAGUGGCGCCGCGGUAAACUUGCUGCCUUACAGCGGCCAAGAUCCAGGUUUAAUCCUGACUAUGGUUGUCGUCUAUAUAGAGUCUACAUUCGCCCUGUCACUGCGUGGAUUUUCACCGGGUACUGCAGUUUCAUCCCACAUUGCAAAGAUGCAUAGGUUUGUAGGUUAAUUGGUUUCUGUAAAUAGUCCCUAGUGUGUAGGAUAGGACUAGUGCAUGGGUGAUUGCUGGUCGGCACAGACUUGGUGGGCCAAAGGGCCUGUUUCAUGCUGUAUCUCUAAACUAAACUAAACUGCUCGUCAUACAUGCCAAGGAAGCAAGACUGUGAAGGUUUGCAUUUGGCAAGCAGCACCACCGAUGUUAUUACAUGCAACUGAUAAUAGCCAGGAUGCUAACAAAUUCUAAUAAUUGGACAAAUAUAACAUGAUAAAAACAUCUACAAUUUGGAGCACAAACAAAAAAUUCUGAACUGUCUCUAUUAUAAAGUUUCAAUUUUUCUAUACGGCCAUGCACUUCGCCAGAUUCAGGCAGAUAUGUUCUGCUGCGCUUUUGAGGAAAAAUGAGUGAUGGGGUUAUGGAGAGAAGGCAUGAGAAUGGGGUUAGGAGGGAGAGAUAGAUCAGCCAGAUUGAAUGGUGGACUAGACUUGAUGGGCCAAAUGGUCUAAUUCUGCUCCCAUCACUUAAAUACAUGACACUGAGCAUUGUGCAACCUUUAGCAAAUGUUCUCAUUGGGUCAAUAAUUCAAUGGUUCCUUUAUUACCAUGUGUACGAAGGUACAAUGAAAUUCUUAUUAAUACAUAGAAACAGCUCACUGAGUCUUUAUCCAAGAGUCACCAGGUUUUGGCGCCAUUUCACACUCCCAACUGCAGCUGGUCAUAAAGGCCCAUUGUAGACAUCGCCUCCAUCUGGUCAUCCCAUGAACUGUCAUCCCUCUCCUUGCCUAGCCAUCUUAAAUCUUUGUAUCCCGGGGGUGUCUUUCACAACCUCAUGAUGGGACAAAGGCCAUUGAUGGAUGGGCUGAAAACAUUUAAGGCUCAACUCCAUCCAGAGACCCCGACAGUCCUUUCAGGUGAGGCAGAGGUUCAUUUGCACCUCCUUCAACCUCAUCGACUGUACCCAUUGUUCUCGGUGUGGUCUCCUAUAUAUCAGCGAGACCAAGCGCAAACUGGGCGAUCAUUUCACUGAACACCUGCACUCAGUCCACUUUGGCCUACACGAUCUCCCGGUUGCCAAACAUUUUAACUCUCCUUCCCAUUCCCAUACUGACCUUUCUGUCCUGGGCAGUGUCCACUGUCAGAGUGAUGUCACACGCAAAUUGGUGGAACAGCACCUCAUAAAUUCACUUGGGCAACUUAAAAAAGCCGUAUAAAUAUUGAUUUCUCCAAUUUCAAGCGACGCUUGCAUUCCCUCUCUCUCUCUCUGUGACCCUCCCCCACCCUAGUCAUCCUGUUAGAUUCAUUGUUUGUAUCCCUUUGUUAUCACCUCUUCCACAGCCAACAAUAGACCAUAAUGGGUUCCACCUUUCUUUAGUCAUUGGCACCGGCUCUGAUUUAUUAUGAACCUUGUCAUAUCUCUAGUUUCCCGGCUCUCAGUCUGAAGAAGGAUCUCAAGCCGAAAUAUCACCUAUUUCUUUUCUACAGAGAUGCUGCUGGACCCACUAAGUUACUCCACCAUUUUGUGUCCAACUUCGGUGCAAGCCAGUAUCUGCAAUUCCUUCUUACAUACAAGGCCAGAACACUGUGCUGAUUAACUUCUACACCCAUGGCCCCAGGCUGUGAUUAUCAACUUUCAACAAUCACAAUCACCUUUCCUUGUGUAAUAUUUGGCUCCAAAACAGGAAACAGAGUUUCCUUCUGGUUCCUAUU